AUGAUCAAGCAGGUUGACUGGCGCGGCGUCAUCUGCCAGUUUCUUGGUGUGCAUGGCCAGGCAGACGACAAUGCCCUCCUGGCAUCGCUUCAAACCGUUACCGAGAAGCUCGAGGCUGCAAACCGCUCCCUCAGCACAGUAUCCAAGAAGGGAGAGACCGAGGACAUAUCCUUUGUCACGGUGCACAGGAUCAGCUGCGGCGAGCAGAACACGACGGAGCUGUCCCUCGGCGUGCCAUGGCCAGUCAAAAAUGCCGAUGGCGGGAUCCAUCUGCGAGGUAGCGAUCUGAUCGAUCACCUGGAACUUUUCCUUGAGCGCAAUAAAUGGAUCAUCUUCAUCGUGUACAGGGACUACCAAUGCUGCCAACCCGACAGCAGAGCGGAGCUUUCGUAUCACGCCACUGCCGUGACUCCUGACAUCGUGCCAGAUCUCUACGUCGCCGAGUCGGUUGAUAUUGUUUCUGCAGAUCUGGGCCAGGCUCUGGGUGAUUUGUGUUCCCUAGUUGGCGGAGAUAUACCGCACCCAGAUUUCGACGAAAACGAUGAGAUCCGCGCCCCUUAUCUCUGGUGGUACUGGCGCCGGAACCAUUUCUUAAACGCCAUGCUGACUGUUGAGGCGCGUCUCGGUCCAUAUCUGCGAAUAUUCGAGGGCUACAUUAGCAAGAGCUUUGGGGCCGAGUACGAGGAAGUCGACGAGCUAUUGAAAGGCGGCAAGAUCACAGCCAAAUACAUGCCGUACCUUUAUGUAUUCUCCCGUCCAAUUCCAAUUCUUACUACCGUCUAUCAUCAGACCAAUAGGCCGAUAGCUGAGACUAAGAUCAAAUACGCACACGGGUGUAUCCGGUCCAUUCAAGGGGAAAACUGGAGCUUCGACGGCUUCUUCCAAAGGAAGUCCAAGGACUGGGUCGUUGCCUGCAAUUCUUCCUGGGAGGAGCCCUUCUACAUUCAGGCCCUUGAGGUGUAUCCUCUGCGCUUUGCUGGCCCGGAAGCUUCCGAGGCUCUUCGACGACGUGGAGAGAUGUUCUGGGAGUGUCGCUUGCAAAAAUACGUCAGCUACCGGAGGGACAGCGCCUUUCGAUCUCAGAAUCCGUCUGAUACACGUUACAUGAUUGACAUCGACACUUUCAACGAGAUGCAUCCGCCGGGAAAGGAGUACAAGCGAAACAGAAACGAUCUCGGACCAGACGCCAUGCAACAAGGCCAGCCGCCCCCAGAUGGGGAUGACUUCAUCCUUUGCCUUCCUGCCACCAUUCCGGGCUAUCAUAUGAAGAAGAAGCAAUGGAUCCAGCUCUACGUAGAUCGCAUAGAAGAGGUUGAGUGGAACACCAAUGCCUUCAACCAGUUGGUGAUCGACGGGGAGAAAAAGCGACUCAUCGAAGCAUUGGUCACGAACCAAAUCUCAGCCGAAGAGAGCACCGACCUCAUGAGCGGCAAGGGGGCCGGCCUGCUCAUAUUAUUGCACGGACCUCCAGGAACAGGCAAGACGCUGACGGCCGAAAGCGUCGCCGAGAUUGCGAGGAAGCCUUUGUACCGCGUCACCUGUAGCGACGUGGGCACCAAGCCGGAGGACGUGGAGAAGUAUCUCGAGAUAGUGUUGCUCCUGGGCAAGACUUGGGGCUGCGUCGUGCUCCUGGACGAGGCAGACGUCUUUCUCAUGCAGCGGUCGACCGAAGAUUUCGAGCGUAACGCGUUUGUCUCGGUAUUUUUGCGCGUGCUGGAGUACUACGACGGCAUCCUCAUCCUCACCAGCAAUCGCGUUGGCACCCUGGACGCCGCCUUCAAAUCACGCAUCCAGCUAUCGCUACAAUUCCCGCCGCUGAGCGAGCGCGACCGUCGCGAAAUCUGGAACAACUUCAUCGAUCACAUCGACAACUUGACGAGGUCGCGGACCCGGCAGACCGCCGAGGUGGGCAUCUCGUCGGACGAGAUCAAAAAGCGGCUUCCAGAUCUCGCCAAGGAGGAAUUGAAUGGGCGCGAGAUCCGCAAUGCCGUGUCGACAGCCCGGCAACUGGCCAUGUUCGAGAAGCAGCCCAUGGGAUACAGGCAUCUGGCCACCGUGGUAUCGGAGAUGAACAAGUUCAACACGUAUGCGGCAGAGCUGCAGGGCGGCCUCACAGACGAUGAGAUUGCUAGGCAGAAGUGUGAGUAUUGA